CAUCAUCAUCAUCAUGGCUUCCUCUAAUAGACACUGGCCAAGCAUGUUCAAGUCUAAGCCCUGCAAUCCUCACCACCAAUGGCAGCAUGACAUCAACUCCUCUCUCAUGUCAACUAAUGGAUGCCAUAGAAGCCCUUACGCUUCAGCAGCAGGUUGUGAGGAGAGAAGUCCAGAGCCAAAGCCAAGGUGGAAUCCAAAACCGGAGCAAAUUAGAAUACUGGAAGCUAUAUUCAACUCUGGGAUGGUGAAUCCUCCAAGAGAAGAGAUAAGGAAGAUCAGGGCACAGUUGCAAGAGUAUGGCCAAGUGGGUGAUGCUAAUGUCUUCUAUUGGUUCCAGAACCGCAAAUCCAGGAGCAAGCACAAGCUUCGCCAUCUACAGAACUCAAAGAAUCAGAACCCGGAAACCCAACAAAACCCUUCUCCUUCUCUCCCUCCUCAAGUCACUGCACCUAAUUCAUCCUCAUCUUCUUCCUCUGAGAAAUCUUCCCCUAAAGAAAUAAUACCCACCAAGGUUUUUUCCAUUGGUUUCUCUAAUGUCACCGAUGUGGUGUCCAAUUCUCCCACUAACUCUGUGAACCAAACCUAUUUUCAGACCCACAAUGAGUCCACUCUGCUUCCGCCGCCACCACCGCCACCGGCUGAUGCUUUCUUCUUCCCAGUGCAACAUAACGGACAAGGAGUAAUACCUAAUGCCAUAACAUCACAAGGAUUUUGCUUCUCUGAGCUCUCUAGUGUGGUUCAAGCUCAAUCACCUUGUCAUAAUAACGUUGGUCCUUGCACUAGUCUUUUGCUUAGUGAGAUCAUGAACCAUGGAGCCUCCUCAAAGAAAGAUCAAUAUCAAGACAAGUCCGUGAAAAUAAUGCACCAACCCUCACAUUUUAAUUUCUGUGUCACUCCAACAUCUCACACUGCUACUGUUUUACCUCCCAUCACUACCACCACCAUUACUGUUCCAUCCCCCAUCAUUGCUCAAGUUCAAGGGAUUGGAGAUCCAGCUGUUACGGCGAGAUCAACGGUGUUCAUUAACGAUGUGGCGUUCGAGGUAUCUGUGGGACCUUUCAACGUGCGUGAGGCUUUUGGUGAUGAUGCUGUGCUUAUCCAUGCAACUGGUCAGCCAGUUCUAACAAACCAGUGGGGUGUAACCCUCCAAUCACUCCAGCAUGGCGCAUAUUAUUAUCUGGUCUGCAUCUUAAUUAACACUCAUUUCAUAACCAACAGUACUAGUUUUUGUCUUAAUUUGUGA